AUGAGCGCAAUGGCCUCCCUGCCAUCGAUCCCCGCGGUCUUUCACGCCCGCAAGAGUAAAAUUGUCGAAGAGCUCGCCUUACCAGAUGCCAACUACACCGAUUUAUCUCCAAAAGGGUCGGUGGACGAAGGAGUCCGCGAUCUCAUCCGCGAUAUUAAUGCCCUGCCCGGUCUCGUCACCACAAGCAGUUGCGCUGGGCGCAUCAGCGUGUUUCUGGAAGGGCACAAGAAGACAUCCGCACCGUCGAGCGACGUGGAACCUCGACAAUUCGCUGCAACAGGAGGCAAAGGCGCAGGCCGAUGGUUGUAUGUCUCGCAUGAUCCUUUUGAUCGAUCCGAAGCCAAUGCGGCCGCCUCGGACAAACCACUACAUCGGCGCUUUGGCUUGGUCCCCGGCAAUGGAAAGCCGCCAGUGCUCAGUGCCACUCGCUCUCUGCGCAUGGUCCGCUUUCACUACGACCCAUUGAUCCUUCACAUCAUGGCGGCUACUUUAAACCAUGCGCAGCCAGUUCUUGCUGCCGCAUCAGCCUCUGGCUUUCGUGAGAGUGGGCUGCAAGGCCUGCGCUGCUUGGACAGCGAUACUAGCCCUAUCGUGGCUGUACGCUCCGCCGGGUUGUCUUUCGAAUCUGUCAUCGGCUACUGCGAUGACAAUGACGAUGACCAAAGCACUGAAGCGCCAACUAUCCACAGCUUGGUGACGGAGGAGUAUCUGGAAUUGCUGAUUGCGAUGUCCGACGAGAGAUUCGCUAUUAAUAUCGAGCGCAAAGAACGUUUCCGGACCAUGCUACUGGCGUCAUGUUCUGCAGAACAGCAUCAAGGCUCGACUAGGGGGAAGCAAUCAGGCUGGGAGGAUCCAGUGGCUCGAAGGGAACGGAAGCGUGCGGAGGGAUUGAUGAGGAAAAAGCUCCUGGAGAGCUCGAAAGGACUAGAAAAUGUGCAGCAGGAUGACAUCAUGAAUGCCGAGAUAGAUACUGAUCUUCGAUAA